AUGGAGAACGGGCUGUACUGGAAGCUGAAGAGCGAGUGCCUGCCGCUGGACGUGAGCAAGCAGCUGGAGGAGAACGACCUGGAGGGGCUGCUGAACUACGAGGGGCUGCUGCAGGAGAUAAAGGCGGAGAACUACGAGUUGGUGAAUUUCCUCUCGAAAGAGGAAAAUUUAAAAAAAAUAAUCAAGUACAUCACAGAGGAAUCCGAAGAUAAAGGUAACUACGACAGAUCGUAUAAGUUCCCCUACAAGUGCCACCAAAUAAUAAAUGCAGAGAAUAAGCUAAUCACAGAUUCGCUUGUCUAUAACGACAAGUUGAUGAAGCUCUUCUGGAGUUUCGUUUUGAAGAAAAACCAACUGAAUGAGGUGUUAUCUGGCUACUUUAGCAGGUGUGCCAUAACGAUAUAUAAUAAAAAUACAACAGAUGUGGUAAACUUUUUGAAGAGGAAAAAGGAGCUUUACUUAAAAGGAUUCCUCUAUCAUUUCUACUCGAGAAAUAUAACUGAGCUGUUUAAGGUGCUGCUCUUUGUGAAGAUGCCAUACCUUUGCGUAUUCGAUAAUAAGGAUAUCAUGUAUUUCAUUUUGAGCAACCUGAAUGGCAAUUUUUCAAAUGAAAUGUUUAUAAUUUGUGAUCGGGAGGACAACAUCACCUGUCUGAUUAGAGACAUCUUUGUUAGAAAAGCAGACAUUUAUUAUUUUAAUUAUUUUCUUAUAGACUUAUCUUCUCAAUUGUCCUUUUCUUAUUUAAUAAAAUGCGUUUUUUCCGAGUGCCCCUACACCAUAUCUGCUGCCAUAACGAUCAUAUCAGAUUUGCUACACUACACCGUUUUGGGGAAAUCUUAUAACACCAUAGAUUUUUAUGAGUGCCUUGAGUUGUAUACGAAAGAACAAGACCAGAAGAGCAAGCAGCUUAAACAGAUGGAGGAGUGUAAGUACAUGAGGAAGAAGAAGAAGAAGAAGAGGAAGUCCAAUAGGGUCAUUGAUGAGGAGGCCGUUUAUAACUCCUCCAAAGCUCACGCUAGUUGCGUUAACCAGGUGAGGGAUUCCGAGCAGAUACUCAUGGGCGGUUCGUGUAACGUGUAUGACCAGUAUGGGGUUACUGGGCCAUCCGCUGGUAUCCCCCCUGUGGGGAUGGCAGCCGGGUUUGCCCCCCCUCCCAGGAAUUACCCCCAUGGGGAGACGCCUCCAGAUGUGGACAACCCAGAGGAGGAGGAAAAGAGAGAAAUUGAGAAGAGCGAGUUGGCUAGUGAGAAGAAGAGCGAAUUGGAGAGGGACACGGGGGGUAAUCUGGUGGGUAGGGAGCCAGGAAAGGUCCCCACAAACGUGGGCCCCAACCCAGGUGAAGAAUUCUCUGCAGAUAUGUACACAGAUAGGCAGCCAAACCGUGUGAAUAAAAAGAUAAAGGAGGAAAUGCAGACAGUUGGGGUAACCCCGCAGGGGGGGAGCGACCGGGAGAAGAGCAACACGAUGCAUGGUGUGGCGGAGGAGCUAAGCCAGGCAGGGGAAGACGCCCCCUUCGGUGUGCAAUUUGGGUUACACGCAGAGGGGCAGCUCCCGCAUGGCGAGGAUCCCGCUGGAGGGGGGAUUUUCCAGAGCGGGGGGCUCCCAACGGGGGGGGAAAACGGGACAAUGGGUGGAGGAGACAUCCCGAAUGGGAGCGGUAGAAGCCGUUCAGGGGGCCUCCUGCGAGUGGGCGAGAAUGACCAAGGGGAGGCUCAAAAGGGGGAAAGCGGUGAGGACGCCCAAAAUGGUGAGGACGCCCAAAAUGGCGAAGACACCCAUAACGGUGAGGACGCCCAAACGGCCGAGUCCCUUCUCGCGCAGCAGCACGCCGUUUCGUACUACUACUCAUGCGGGGGGGGCGGCCAGGAGGGGGACCCCGAGUUUGUAAUGGGUGCCAACCAGAGGAACGAGCGAGCGCAGCUCUCCAAUAUGCACACGUAUGGCAGUAGCGCCCAUAGCGCGGAUGGAAGGAACAACGGAUUAGCAAAAUACGCAAAGGAGGCAAAAAACGAGCGGAACAGUGACAAUGAAAAUUGCUUCUCCUACGGAUCGGAUGCAUCCUCCUCCGAUUCUUCAGAUGAUGAACAUUACGAGCAUCUAAAAAAAAUAAAAUUUGAAGAUGUCCUAAAUAGAAUGAAACGAAUCGCUAGCAACCGAGUGCACGUGAAGGAGGACGGCGAGGGCGGAAGCAUCAGCAGUGGGAGAAAUCCACUGAGUCGCACCCAAAGUAAUGAAAAGAAAAAAAUAAAAGAAGAUAUCUUUGGAAUUGAAUCAAACAGCUGUGCGGAUAAACACCUCAGCGGAAGUGCCAAUGCAAGUGCAAAUGCAAAUGCAAAUGAAGAACCAAACUUUCAAAUCUUCGAAAUGGAAAAGGAAGGAGAGAUAAACAUCCCCCUGAAUAAGUGGGUACAGUAUCUGGAGAAUGGGACCUUCAUAGAUAUAUGCUUUUUUGGCUAUAUAAAAGACAUUAUGAGAUUGUAUAUAAAAAAUAUAAACAAAAAUAAAAGCAAAAACAUGCUGGGGUUUACCACCUUGGAGAUUAUACAGUUGAUAAAGACUCUCAUAAAGACAAAGUCUAAGAAUAUUCUCACCGAAAUUAUUGAUGAGGGCUUUUUUGACAUCUCCAUUGAUAUCUUCUUCAAGUAUAAGUGGAAUAACCUGUUGCACAUUUCUGUGUGUGAUUUGAUGCAGACCAUCAUUUUUAAGGAAAAUGAGUACUCCUACCUUCUCUACUACAUUUUAGCGUUAACGACAUUUCUGCCCAAAUGUCUGCGCUACUUCGACGCUGUUAGACGAUGUAGAAAUAUUAAAAAUAAAAAAAGGAGAAAAAAAAUCGAGAGCUUAAUAGAUUGUGGGUAUAAGGCACACCUACUUCAUAUUUGCCAAAUUUUGAGCAACAAAUCGUUGGAAAUAAAGUGGCUUUCGAACUUCCUUGUCACCGUCUCGGGGUGGAAUGAUAUCAUCAUUGAGGAGCUAAACCACUACUCCUUAUACUUUAACGAUGUGAAUUAUGGGGAUGAGAAACGCGCGGAGGAGGCCGACCAUGGGGAGAUAAUCUCCAACGGGUUGUGCAACCAGGCGGACAACUCCAUGACGCACCACCACUUGAAUAACGUCGGGGGGACCGGGGGGGCCGGUCGGGAGAACCUCAUCAGCGGUGAUGCAGGUGGGAACGCAGACCGGUGCCUGAACAGAAAUUACCACUACGAUGAGGAGGAGGAGGAGGAGGAAGACGAGGAGGACCAGCAGGGAAGCGGCAAUGGUGGCAACGGGGGCAGCCGCGGCAAUGUCAAUAGCGCCGCUUUGCAGGGCGAGCAGCGCGAACCCAGGUCGGGCAGCCACGACGGGAGUGAAAAUUGCUUUAACAACUACUCCAACGUAAUAGACAUCCUCUUCGAUGAGCACAAAACGGAUUACAUGAAAUACGAGGAUGAGUACCACGAGAGUAGCCCCAACUAUGGGUUACCUUCCAAUUGCGAAUUUGGAAGUCUCGAUCCGCAUGGAGAGGAUAUGAACAGGCUGGAUGACAGCUACGGCAAGCAGGGCGAAUACGGCCUGGGGAGCUACAAGGGAGGGUACGAAGGGCAGGAGGGGCACCACCAAGAGGGGCAUCCCGAAGGCGACCCAUUUGCCAACCCCGCCAACAGCUACCUGUUCGACCGGGGCGACGGCAACCCGAACCGCGGCGACGACCACCCCGAGUGA